UUAAAAAUUGGUAAAAGUCUUAAUUUUUGUAUAAAAUAUGCAUUUGUUCAGGUUGUGAAUUCGCUGUCACAGCCGGAAUGGAAUCUUCUUCUUCCAGUAAUUGCCUCCAUCAACAGGUUGAUGCUCCACCAUUCAGGAAGGAAAUUACCUACCUAUGCUUACCUUGUGUAAGAGGAAUUGCGUUUAUGACGAAAUCUAAAAUAAGACGAGUCGAGAUCUACAUAUCUGUUUAUGAAACAGUCAAGAUUCGUGAUGAUAAUAUACCCAAGCUGUUCCAGUGGUUGUUUGGGGUGGGGGCAUUCCUGGCUGUGUGGCUGAGCCUCGUGCUGAAUUAUGUAGAGACAGACUUUUCCACAUCACAUAAAGGUGUCGUACUGUUUCUCCCGUUGUAUUUGUUAAUAACUUUUGCAUGCGUCUCCUUGGCCAUUAUAGGAUACAGAGUGGCCACGUUCAACGACAGUGUCCAGGCCUCAGAGGAAUUACAGCAGCAAAUUGAGGAAGCCAAAGCCGACCUGAAGAAAAAGGGCUUCAAGUUUGUAGAGUCCUGACAACCAUGAAUCUCCUAUUGGCGUCCUUGUGAAAGGGGAGGUAAUCUCUGUCCUCCUCACUCUGGAACUGAGACAGGCUGUAUCUCCUCCAAGAUUGAUAUUCAGGUCACAGAAAUUGAUAUAUAUUCAUAUGUUCAUGAUUGAUUGGUGGCAGGUCCUUGUUGUAUGAAUGUAUGUUUAAGAUGUAUUAACUCAUUCACCCCUAAAAUUUCAUAAUGAACUAUUCCUACCUUUGAAUUGGAAGAGUUCAAAUGUGUCUUCAGGGAUGAAUGAGUUAACAGUGAGGACAUUAGGUAUAUUAGGGUUGAAUCGUUUGUAUAUCAGGGGUGUGAAAAUCAUGUGUGUUAUAUUGAUCAGGGGAAGAGUACUUAAUGUGGAAAUGAGAAAUAUCUUUGUGUAAAGAAUAGCGUUGCAUGCUUACCUGAAAUGGAUGUUUUCUCAGCUUUCUUGAAUGCAAACAGUUUUGAUAUCUGACCAGUUAUCAUAUUUUAUUUAAUUCAGGUGGCAAAUCCAUUCAGUAAAAAUGCAUAUUAUAUUCAAUAUUAUACAGAAUGUAUACUUAAAAGACAGUAUUUAACUUUUGCCAUUUACUGAAAUAAUGUAGGAAGAGAAUAAAUCAAUUUUAUUUUCAAAUCUAUAUAAAUCAGUGUCAUCCUGUUAUGACCGACCAGGUUUUCUAAUAUGAGGUAAUGAUGUGAAGAUUGGUUUGAAAUCUGUUUACAUUCUAGAAAACAUGGACAAUGUAGGAGGUGACUGAGGUCAAGGAUGAGUGUGACACAAGUCAAGAAUGUAAGAGGUGACUGAGGUCAAGGAUGAGUGUCACACAAGUCAAGAAUGUAAGAGGUGUCUGAGGUCAAGGAUGAAUGUGACAACAAGUCAAGAAUAUAAGAGGUGACUGAGGUCAAGGAUGAAUGUGAUACAAGUCAAGAAUGUAGGAGGUGACUGAGGUCAAGGAUGAAUGUGUAAUAAGUCAAGAAUGUAAGAGGUGACUGAGGUCAAGGAUGAAUGUGACACAAGUCAAGAAUGUAAGAGGUGACUAGAGUCAAGGAUGAAUGUGACAACAAGUCAAGAAUGUAGAGGUGACUAGAGACAAGGAUGAAUGUGACAACAAGUCAAGAAUGUAAGAGGUGACUGAGGUCAAGGAUGAAUGUGAUACAAGUCAAGAAUGUAGGAGGUGACUGAGGUCAAGGAUGAGUGUGACACAAGUCAAGAAUGUUAAAGUGACCGAGGUCAAGGAUGAAUGUGACACAAGUCACAAAUGUAAGAGGUGACUGAGGUCAAGGAUGAAUGUGACACAAGUCACGAAUGUAAGAGGUGACUGAGGUCAAGGAUGAAUGUGACAGAAGAAAAGAAUGUAAGAGAUGACUGAGAUCAAGGAUGAAUGUGAUAAAGAAUUAAUGAGACAACAGAAUUCAAGAAUGAAUCAUGUUUCUCAAGUCUCGAAUGAAUGAGGUGAUCAGAGUCUGAGAGGAUUUGACAUCUACAAAAUGUUAUAUAAUAACCAGUGCAAUGGAUUUGGUUGAGCAGCUGUAUUCCUUAAUAUUCAAUUACCGGUAUAUAUAGGGUAAAAAUGUUAAUCUUAUUGUUUUGGGAAUUGUACUGUAAAUCAGAGUUGGCAUACUCCUGAGGUACAACACACCUGGGCGUGGCACAGAUCCCUAACCCCACAGUCUAUAUAUGUGUAAUAGGCAUCAAAUAAAACACAUAUAAACUGACCGUUGGGUGGUGGAUCUGUGCGUCACCCCUGUGGUUCAACAUAUUAUAUUGUACUCUAUGGCCAAGAUUUGGUCUUGUACUGUAUUGGCAAAGUUAAUUUUUCUAUAUCGAGUAAAUUCACUUCACCUUUAAAUACAACAAAUUCAUGUAAAAACAUAUAAUGCCAUGUACUACAUAUGUAUGUAUUUAAAACUCACUUUUAAUCAUCAUAGAUUGCCAGACACUAUCAUGUCUGUUCUAUAUCUAAUCUGUAUAUAAAUAUAAAGGAAAAGUACAAUAAAUUAUUGAUUGAA